UCGAUCGAUCUCAAUGGCAAAUAAUGCGGUGUGGUCGUUCCUUGUUGUUGCAGUUGUCGUCGUUGCUCUUUCUCAGACCGCGACAGCGAGCGAUCCCGACAUCUUAUCCGAUUUCAUCGUCCCGGCGAACAUGAGCGCCGGCGAAAUAGACGGGAGUUUCUUCACGUACACCGGAAUACGCGGAAUAUUCGCCAGAACUGUCGAGAAAUUCACGGUGACCAAAGUUAGCAAGGCGGAGAUGGCGGCGCUGGACGGGCAGAGCGUGUCGUACGCCGUGCUUCAGUACCCCGCUGGCGGGAGCGUUAACCCGCCGCACACCCACCCUCGCGCGGCGGAGCUAUUGCUGGUGGCCGACGGCUGCCUCGAAGUCGGGCUGGUUGAUAGUACCAAUAAACUGUACACCCAGACUCUUGUGAUCGGCGACAUGUUCGUUUUCCCUAAAGGGCUUGUUCAUUAUCAGUAUAAUGCUUACGCCAAUCAAUCCGCCACCGCCAUAUCCGCGUUUGGUAGCGCCAGUGCCGGAACUGUGUCGCUUCCGACAACGUUGUUUGCGACAGGCGUGGAUGACGAGGUUCUUGCCAAGUCUUUCAAGACUGAUGUUUCCACCAUUCACAAGAUCAAGGCUGGUUUUGCACAUUAAAUUAACCUGCGGAUUUAAUUUCUCUCACUAAAACUUCAGAUUUCUUCGGCUUAAUUAGUUUUUUCU